GUCAUCUCUCAGAAGAAAUGAAGUCGAGUACUUUAUUUUCUUUUCUACAAAUUAUUUAUUUUAUUCAAUGUUAUGAGAAAAAUUGUCCGAAGAAACAUCAGGUUUAUUAUGAUCCUGCCGAACCGGACACAACUUGUCUUUUAGGAUGUAAGGCUGUAAUAUGCCAUCCGAACGAACAUAUAAAAUGUGGACAAAAAAUAUGUACCGACAUUUGUAGUACUUCACGUGAUCCAUUAUGCUAUUCUCAUCGUUUUGAUUGUGAUUAUCAUUGUUUUUGUAAGCCAGGAUUUGUGAGAGUUUUAAAAAGUGUAUGCAUACCAGUUGAGCUUUGUCCGCAAGUGCUUUGGUUGGAGCUGCAUGAAAAAGAAUCAAGGACAGAAGGUUUAUAAGUAAUUUAACGGAUUUUUGAAAUUUGAGUGAGCUUUUUGAAAGCUCAAUUGUGUCUCGGCUAAGCUUUUAUGUUUUUCAUUCAUAAAAUUGUGUUUAUGUGAAAUAUUUUUGAUACGUUUAUUGAAAUAAAUAAAAAAUUAAGAAAAUUGUUUGAAAC